GAACGUGGUCGUUGAAAAGAAAAAUACAAGUAGAUUAAUAAACUAUUGUUGCUUAUUAAAAUCUCAAGGCCUAAUUAAUUAAUCUAUUAUAACAGUCUCUAUUGACUUAAAAUGAAAUACACAUGAGAUUUAUUAAAGAAAAUAUACAUCUUUUAUGGGUCCUAAAUGCACUAAUAAUUAGGUAUACAUGCUUGACUAAUCUAGCGGGAACCCGCGUAAAUCGUAAUGCUGACUAAUGAUGCAAACAAAAAACAGAGAAUAUUUUUUCUGAUUCCAAAUCUCGUUUCACCGUAAAAACAAUAUUUGAUUUUAAUCGUACUUACAUUCCUUUUAUUGUGUUAAUUAAUAACACUAUAUAAUUGAGUAUAACAAAAUACAGUAACAAUUAUGAAAAGACCCCCCUAUUAGACCACAUAAACACAUGUUUUUCCUUUUUCGUAACAAUUGUUUGCGUCGCAAGUCGCGACUAAUCCGUGCAUAAUAAACAUGACCGACACCAACUUUUUCUAUCUUGGAGUAAACUAUGAGGAAAUCAAAUUUUUUAUUUAAUUUUUGUUAUGCGUGAUAAAUUCAAAUAUAAAGAUAUUUAUGGAAUUAGAAUACGAAAUUUUAGCCUAAGAAAUAUCCAUUCCUGAUUCCACCACCAAAACUUUAAAAAGGAGAUAGGGAAAAAUAUCCUUGUUUAUAAAUAUUAAAGGAAAAUAGGUUGUGGGUUAGUUUGAAAAAUAUAAUUAAAUCAGUAUUAUGCACGAAUUGUAUCUAUUCAAGCACACAAUAAAUCCAGUCAGACUAACACAGCUAUAUGUGCGUCAGAUAAUUCACACACACACACAUACACAGACAGAGCUAUAGUUAUUUCACCUAAAUUAAUUUGACUAAUUAAACACAAGGCGUGUAUGGACUAUAAAUAUUGAAUUCUCAAAUAUUUUCAUACCCAAAAUCAACAAACGCACAUAAAUACACUUAUUCAACAUUCUUCUUUCAAACUCUACGACUAAUUUAGUUUUUUUCCCCCUAAUAAACCUGCAAAAUAUAUUAAUAUUCCCACAUCUUCAUCAAAUCAUUCAUCCACCUUUAAUGUUGAUUCCUACCUCCUCCGAUUCUCUCGCAUUUCCAACUCUUAUCUCUUAAAUCAAUUUUUUUGUUCAGCUACUCUCAAAUUCUUUUCGUUUACGCCAUGUUUAGUUUCGUGAAUUUCGGUAUACUUAUUUUGUCUAUCGUUUUUCUGGGAGUGGUUUCGAAGUUCUUGUCUAGAACAAGUUUAAUCCACUCGUUGAAGAGAGUAUGGCGUUGGCUGCAGGAGAAGUGCUAUGUCUACCAGUUUUACAAGGUGCCGAAAUUCAACGAAAACAUGCAGGAGAAUCAAUUGUACCGAAAGGUUAGCACGUACCUGAAUUCUCUGCCGUCCGUCGAGGAUUCAGAUUUCGCGAACCUCUUCUCCGGCACCAAGCCGACUGAAAUCAAUCUGGUUCUCGACGAGAAUCAAAUCGUGACUGAUCAAUUCCUCGGCGCCAGAGUUUUUUGGAGGAGCGAAAACGGCGAGAGAGAGGGCGAGAAGUCGCUGGUGCUGAAGAUCAGGAAGAACGAUAAGCGGAGGGUUUUGGUGCAGUAUUUGCAGCAUAUUCACCAGACGUUUGAUGAGAUUGAGCAGAAGCUGAAGGAGGUGAGGCUGUUCGUCAACGCAGACGACGGAACGGAGAGGAACGGGCGGUGGAGGUCGACCUCGUUCACACAUCCGGCGACGAUGGAGACGAUGGUGAUGGACGCGGAUCUGAAAUCGAAAAUCAAAUCGGAUUUAGAGAACUUUUUGAAGUCCAGGCAGUAUUACCACCGAUUAGGCCGCGUCUGGAAGCGGAGCUACCUGCUGUACGGUGCGGCGGGGACGGGCAAAUCAACAUUCAUCGCCGCGAUGGCGAAGUUCCUCAGCUACGACGUGUACGAGAUCAACCUCCACAAGGUGCGAAACGACGCCGAUUUGAAGUACCUCCUCCUCCAAACGACGAAGAAGUCGCUGCUGGUGAUCGAGGAUCUCGACCGCCAUCUGGAGGAUAAAUCGACGGCGCUGAGCCUCUCUGGAGUCCUCAACUUCAUGGACGGAAUAUUCUCGAGCUGCGGCGAGGAGAGAGUGAUGGUGUUCACGAUGAACAGCAAGGAAAACGUCGGCGCGUCGGUCCUACGCCCCGGGAGAAUCGACGUCCACAUCAACUUCCCCCUGUGCGAUUUCAGCGCGUUUAAGAAUCUGGCAAACAGUCAUCUCGGAUUGAAGGAGCACAAAUUGUUCCCGCAGGUGGAGGAGAUUUUCCAAACCGGAGCGACGCUGAGCCAGGCGGAGAUCGGGGAGAUCAUGAUAUCGAACCGGGGCUCGCCUAGCCGGGCGCUGAAAACCGUUAUCACGGCGCUGCAGGGGAAUCUGGCGUCUCGGGUCGGGAAGAGACUGAGCGGAUCCGGGUCGGGUCGGACACAGGAGGAACCGGAGGAAGCGGUGAAGGAGGGGCAAAAUGGUAUUCUUCACCCAAUGAAGGAUAUUAAGAAUUUUUAUGGGCUUUUAAGGAACAGAAGCAGUAGAAAGGCGUCCAUGGAUAAAUUUGAGAUCGAUCUCAAUGAUCGAGAAAAUUCGGCCCAUGGUGCUUGAGUCCGAUUUGUUUGGGGUUCUGAAAUUUGAAACCCAUUUAAUUUCUCUUUGUUAUUUGUAUAGGUAUAUCAGUUAAUUGUUCUUUUAUUUAUGAUUUUUGUCAGGUAUUAUAGGUUUUUAUUUUUUAAGAUAGAAAAUUAGCACACUCCCACGCAGCUUGUAGAUGGAUAAUCUAUAAGGAGAAGAAGAGAGUCUAUGAGCUUCUUUUAAUUGAUUUCAUGAAUAUUUUCUUUUAUCUAGAUGUUCUUUCAUGAUUUAGCCAA